GAAGAAUUCGAGUUCGAUGCAGCGCAUGUUGCCUUUGGAAGAAAACUUCGCUUAUUCAACUUCCGACUCAUAAUAAUUUAAAACAGAGAAGGUCUCGUGAAGAGGGCCAGUUGAAGACGUCCUUCACUUGUUUUCUUUCCUCCUCCUCCGGCAUCGUCGCAGUGUCGAUUACAUAAACUUGACGAGGAACCAAGAGAGCCCAAAUAUCUUUAAAAAAGAAAAACCGCAAUUCUUUUUUUCUGGCGAGCCGCGAUGCGAUACAAUGUAGCGGUCACCGCACUGCUAAAGCGGAUCGAGCAGAACAGAAACGUCCUGACGAAGGAGUUGUCGCAGUCACUUUCUCGCAGUCUGGCUACAUCGGUAAUUGCGCAGUGCUAUAAUUUUUCAUUGAACUGGAAGAAUGAGGUUGCCGGCUCGAGAGCGGCUGACCGCGGCAGGGCUCAAUUGUGUGAAGCUGAUCCGCUCCGCGCCUUCCCCCAUUCGCGGUGGAGAAAUCUGGUGGACCACAUCCCGACGCUUUUGCUGUGCCUGCAGUUCACGUACGACUCCACGGCCUUGGUGAAUCGAAUCUCCCGCUCCCGUGACAAGCUGUUGACGGCGCUUCUGUACAACAUUCCUCGCCGUAACUGCUCCCUGCAGGUGUACGCGCUGUACCGCGCGCUGCUGAUGCACCUCCUCCCAUCAGAUCUGCGCAAUGCCACCUCCGCGCAUCUUUUCUGCACCUUCGUGACGCUCGCCGUAAUUCGAUCCAUCCACAAAGAAUCCGUUCGGUACGCUGAGUCUACGGCAUACCGAUACGUCUCCGACGGCACGUCGACGAUGCGGCAAAACCGCGACGUCGCCGAGGUCGUGGAUCACCUGCCAGACUGGCUGAAAGUACACUUCACGAUCCAAGAUGACGCGCCGCUGCUGAGGCGCCUCUGCGACGAGUUUCUUCGCCGGCUGCCCCCUGCUGGAGAGAGCUUUUCGAUGGACUACGUGAAAACGUUAGUGGAGGGUGAGUUACGCAGCAACGAAGUAGUCGCCGACACGACGCUGGCGUACGCGUUCAGCAGAGUCAUCGCGACCUCCUCGGUGCAUCGUGUCUCGCGGGAAGAGUUUGUCUUGUUCCUGCCAAAGCUUGUGACGACCGAGGUAAGGGAGGAAAGAACCCGCUCGUUGGAGCUUUCAUCGGAAAUGAACCAGUUUAGCCAACAGCCCUCGCACGUAAAGCGUCGUUACUUCUACGCAGAAGCCGGUGCGGUUGCCGUGACCAACGCGCUUUCCAACCUCUGUCUGCUGCGCCAUGUGGAGGAGGUGAUGGCAGCACGUCCGUUGAACCUUAACGAGUGGCUGUGCUUGAUGGCGGCGGCGACGGGGGAGAGGCAAUGGGCCGAUGUGGCACAACCAGCGCUUUUCAAAGCCCUCCGCAUGGCAGAGAAGCAGCGCCUCCAGCGGCUAGAAGACAGCAAAGGACGCAGCACAGCGAAAGACACUCUGUUCCCGCUCCUGUCCGAUAAGCAAUGGAUGUGGUUGCUUCGACACGCCAUUGGCAAUAUUGCCUAUAUGCGCUACGACCCCGACGCGCUGUGCCGCGUCGUUAACGUGUACAUGCCUGUGCUGAGCGAGUACGGGCGUGUGCUGCACCGCGACCCUGACAUGACAGUGGCGCAUUUAUUCGAACUGCACAACAUCCUACCAGCUUUCUGGAUUCUCACACGACUCUUUGGGGUUCUCGAUGAUAGGAAUAGAUGGUGGCGAAGAAAGCACUGGAACGACGUGGAGCGCCACGACGAAGAUACGGACGACGCAACUCCGUCAACGGUUACACCGCGCAUCCCCAAGGAGCUGAAGGAGGAGGAUGUGCUGAAAAUGGCAAUGACCAUCACAGACGCUGUGGAAAAGUGCCUCACCCGCUCCGGCGAUCUCACGCGCACCACGAUCUCACCGCCCGCCCCACCACUGCAAACGGAUGCGAGUGCGCCUGUUGCGCCAACACGCGGCUCCGGCUUUGCACGGACAGCGCACCCACCUCCGCGCACGCAGACACACAGACGUCCUCGUUGCGGACACACAGCUUCAAGGGAAAGCCACCACGCCGAGACUAGAAGGGGAGCCGCAUAUUUGCUUCUUGAAACUCAGUUUUCGUGUCUCAAUGUGAUUAUGGAGAACCGCGAAACGUCGCCGGAUCGCCUCCGGUAUGCAGUCGCAACCACCCUCCGCCUGUUGCCGAUUUCGAAUACGUUGUUUGAAACUCUACUGCAAAAUAUCAAGCGUGAGCUGCAAGAGCUCACUGAUCAAAAGCUCUUGUCCGACGACCACACCGUACAGUCCCGCUACGCAGACACGUCCAUACGCCUGCCACCUCGUCUCCUCCAAUUCUUAGACAUUUUCACACAUCAGAAGUUACACGUACUUCGCGCCAUCCGCAACCUAUCUCGGUCGACGUGUGAGUCGGCCCUCUCAGUGGAGGAGCGUGCCACAGUCGUUCUACACUUCACGGACGUGGUGAACUCGGUCACUUCGUUUUUGCUUGUGCUGAAGGACAUGCGGAACGUAAAUUUCCGCGCAGAGAAUCUUGUUCAUAAUGUAUCCAAGUGCUACGCCAUCAUUGUGAUGCCCGCUGUAGAGAAGGACAAUGCCUACCAUGGCUUUCUCGAGAACAGGCAGGCGGUGCAGCGGCUAUCGUGCGUUUGCUUGGAGACCGUCAACCACAUCUGGUCGUCAUCAUUUUCCGCCUUCACCACCUCGGGCAGGCGCGACAUGCCCGCUGUAGGAGCUCGUGUGGUGCAUCAGGAGGCGCAGGUCGACACGGUGCGACUGGCGUUCAAAGCGAUGGGCCUCGGUGGACUCUGCGGCCUCACCUCUGAGGAACUCCCUCACCUCGUGCCUACGCUGCACCGCAUGUUUGACACACUGACUGAGUGCUCGAAGCAGCGGCGCGACAGCAGCAGCGAUUACAGUGCCAAAGUCGUCCCUCGCGGUAAUCAGAUCUUGUGCUUGUGUUGUUCUUCGCUGUACCGUCUAUGCUCCCUCGGUGUGUACGAUGAGGGCUGCUUCGCUGCCGCCACCGAAGCACUGCGCCGUUGCGGGGAGGAGGAGAACAUCAAGAUGAUGUCCACCUACGAGCGCAAUCGAUGCUUAAUGGACGCCGUACACUCCUUUCGCAUCUUGUCCCAACGCUCCACCACAUCCCGGGACGUUCGUCAGCUCAUGCAGCAGCUUCUCGUCGUCUCGGCCCGCAUGGCGGCGGGGCGGUUGGCGUUUGCGGAAAUGGUGAAACCGGACCGCGGCCACGAUACGAGCGAUGCGGAAGUAUGCGCACUGUCUGGGCAGGCUGUUCUUAUGUGGCAGCUGGCCAGCAUGGCCGUCGUCAGCACUACCCCCAGUCCAGUCGUGGACAAGAGCAUCAACGCCCUGAUGCAAUUCGUGAAGCGGCACCUUGGCAUCCCAGUUUGCGCCGGCUACACCCCACCCCUCGAAGCGUCCACCACUGCCACACAGCUCGAUUACCACGAGCAGGCACUCCGCACCACGCAGUUAAAGGCGUACACGAUGGUGAUGUUGUCUCCGCCGCGGACGCCGUUGGAGGUGGCGCAGGUUUCCAACACGAUCAUACGCAACAUCGUGUCGAGCAACAAGAGAACGUAUCGCCGCGUCCUAGCUGAGAUGGGCAGCGGAGCGACCGCGGCACACCGGCAGCGGUGGCAGACGCACAUGGACGUCUUUUCAACGUUGGUGCAGCGCUUCAAAGGGUUGAUUGCGCCGACAUUGUGGCACCGCAUCGUCCGCGAGUGCCUCGUCGUCCACGACGUUCUCACCGUUGUGAAGCUGUUCACACCAUUGAUGCAAGACACACUGGUGCUCGCGAUCGAUCAGCUUCUUCUCUACAGCGAGGCGCACGACAACACCGGCACGUGGGGAGAUGAUGGCAUUGGCGAGGCGGGCGGAGAAGCUGGUGGAUUGGGCCGAGUUUAUCCGGUGCUCUACGAGGCGGCAAAGACGCAGCUGAUUGUGUACCACCGCGCCGCGCGGCUCCUGGCUUUUCACGAGCACAUCAAGAACAUGCAUCGCCGUGUCUACCUUGUCGAGUUGAUGGACCGUCUUGCUCAGGAGGCGGCGGAACUUGAGCGGCGCAACGAGGUGCCGCUGUUCACGAAGAGUUUCUCAGCAGCCACGACAGACGGACAACAUGAGGCGAUGACGUCAGUUGUGCAGUCUGGUCGCUCCUACGUCCUCAGCGCAUUCCGCAAAAUGCACGUGUAA